GAAGAGGAUCGGUGGCAAGCGGGGGACGGACCAGACAGAGCUCACCGCCGUCGCGAUAACCCACCCGUGGCUCCACGGAUUCCGAGCCAGCCGCUGCCCGCUGUGGACACCUCUGAGCCCGCCGGGCAGUUGAUCCUCAGAAGGUCGGGAGGAAGAUGACGGUGGGCGCCGGGAUCGCGGUCCAGGACGGGAGCCUCGUGGCGCUGGGGGCCAAGAUCCUGCGGGAGGUGCGCGGCAAUGUGCACGUCACGCCGGCCGCCGGGGGCGGCCUCACCAACGGCGCCUUCCUCGGCGUGCGGUCCGCGCCCGCCGGCAGCCGCAGCGUCUUCCCCGUCGGGAAGCUCCGGGACCAGCGGUUCAUGUGCACUUUCCGGUUCAAGAUGUGGUGGAUGACGCAGAGGAUGGGCUAUUCAGGCCGUGAUAUCCCCUUCGAGACACAGUUCUUGGUCGUCGAGGGCACCAAUGGAGCGCAGUUCGCCGGUGAUAGCACCGAGCAACCUGUGGUGUACACUGUCUUCCUUCCAAUAUUGGAGGGUUCAUUCCGUGCUGUUCUUCAGGGGAACGCUGAUGACGAGCUGGAGAUUUGCUUAGAGAGUGGUGAUCCAGAUGUAGAAUCCUUUGAAGGCACCCAUCUUGUUUUCGUCGGUGCUGGAUCGGAUCCAUUUGAAGUGAUCACAAAUUCAGUAAAAGCUGUUGAGAGGCACUUGCAGACGUUUUCUCACAGGGAAAAGAAAAAGAUGCCAGACAUUCUAAACUGGUUUGGUUGGUGCACAUGGGAUGCAUUUUACACCAACGUUAGUGCUGAAGGAGUGAAGGAGGGAUUACAGAGCUUUCAAAAAGGUGGAGUUUCUCCUAAGUUUGUCAUAAUUGACGAUGGAUGGCAAUCGGUCGGUAUGGAUCCUGUGGGAAUUGCGUGCUUAGCUGAUAACUCAGCCAACUUUGCAAACAGGUUGACUCAUAUUAAGGAGAACCACAAGUUUCAGAAAAAUGGGAGGGAGGGUCACAGGGAAGAUGAUCCAGUGAAUGGCCUCGCGCAUAUCGUCAAUGAAAUUAAAGGAAAACAUGAGCUGAAGUAUGUGUAUGUGUGGCACGCGAUUACCGGAUACUGGGGUGGAGUCAGGCCAGGUGUUUUUGGAAUGGAGCACUAUGAAUCGAAGAUGCAGCACCCUGUGUCAUCACCAGGAGUUCAGAAAAACGAACCCUGUGAUGCUUUGAACAGUAUAACAACUAAUGGACUGGGCCUUGUGAACCCUGAAAAAGUAUUCAGUUUCUACAAUGAGCUCCAUUCUUAUCUUGCAACUGCUGGGAUCGAUGGAGUUAAGGUGGACGUGCAGAACAUCCUUGAGACACUAGGUGCUGGCCAUGGGGGAAGGGUACUGCUGGCUAGAAAGUAUCAACAGGCUUUGGAAGCUUCCAUCGCUAGGAACUUCCCUGACAAUGGCAUCAUAUCAUGCAUGAGCCACAACACAGACAACUUAUACAGUUCAAAAAGGAGUGCAGUUGUGAGAGCCUCUGAUGAUUUCUGGCCGAGGGACCCGGCUUCCCAUACUAUACACAUUGCAUCCGUCGCGUAUAACACUGUCUUUCUUGGAGAGUUCAUGCAACCUGAUUGGGACAUGUUCCAUAGUGUUCACCCGAUGGCUGAAUACCACGCCGCAGCCCGAGCAGUCGGCGGUUGUGCCAUAUAUGUCAGUGACAAGCCUGGAAGCCAUGACUUCAAUUUGCUGAAGAAGCUUGUGCUUCCCGAUGGAUCGAUCCUGCGUGCCAAACUCCCCGGGAGACCAACCAGAGACUGCCUAUUCUCUGAUCCUGCCAGGGACGGCAAAAGCAUCCUCAAGAUCUGGAACCUGAAUGAACACUCCGGUGUCAUUGGCGCCUUCAACUGCCAAGGUGCCGGCUGGUGCCGGGUAGGGAAGAAGAACCUUGUCCAUGAUGAGCAGCCCGGAACGGUCACCGGCGUCAUCCGGGCACGGGAUGUCGACUACCUUGCGAAGGUUGCCGAUCAAAGCUGGAACGGCGACGUGAUCGUGUAUUCGCACGUAGGAGGAGAGUUGGUCUACCUGCCGAAGAACGCCUCCUUGCCCGUGACACUGAGAUCACGCGAGUACGAGGUGUUCACCGUCGUCCCUGUGAAACACCUGCCGAGCGGCGCCUCCUUUGCGCCGAUCGGCCUGAUCGGCAUGUUCAACUCCGGCGGCGCGGUGAGGGAUCUGAGAUUCGGCGAGGACGCAGGCGUCGAGCUCAAAGUGCGGGGCUCGGGCACGGUGGCAGCGUACUCCUCAACAAAGCCGAAGAGUGUAACCGUCGAUUCCAUGGUGGUUGAUUUCGCGUACGACGAUGCCUGUGGUCUGGUCACCUUUGAGCUCGGUCUACCCAAGCAAGAACUGUACCUGUGGACCGUUUCGGUAGAGUACUGACAUCGAUGUAAUGAGAAAAGUUCAGAUAUGGUUUUCUGAUUAUAUCUGUCAAAAUUAAAGAGAGAGGCUUCUGAAUGUUUGACGUUA